CUCAUCAUGGAUGCCAGAAAAUGUAAGAGUGCUGUGAUAGCUGUAUGGGUAAAUGGAGGCAUCUCAGGAAUCUUGUAUACAGCUGCCACAUGUUCUAUCACAUUCUGUAGAGCCAGAAUAAUUCACCACUUCUUCUGUGAUGUCCCUCAAAUAGCGAAGCUCUCCUGCUCCAAUGAUUACCUUGCAGUCAUUGGAGUGGCUGCGUUCACGUCUCUGGCAGCCUCAGCCUGUUUCAUCUCCAUUGCCCUCUCCUACAUCCACAUAUUCUCCACAGUUCUAAGAAUACCCUCUGCUGAAGGCCAGUCUAAGGUCUUCUUUACCUGCCUGCCCCACCUUUUUGUUGUCUCAUUUUUCCUGUUCACAGCCAUGUGUGCAUAUUUCAAACCAAUUUCAGACUCUGCAACUGCUUUGGACCUCAUGUUGUCUGUUUGUUAUACAAUAAUCCCUCCAACACUCAAUCCUAUGAUCUACAGUCUGAGGAAUGAAGCCAUGAAGGGAGCUUUAAAGAAUCUUCCAACUUUAGCUGGAAGAUUCACUGAGAAAAAAGGAUUCAUGUUUUGUUAG